CUUGACGAAUGGGAUAUACAAAGGAAACAGAAUGCAACAGCUGUGGUUGUGUUGUCACGUAGCAGUUUCUGGGAUCUGGGGAUGGAUUUUGAUAUUUUUUUGUUAUUGCAUUCAAACUAUUUUUCAGGUUUGCUCCUUAUUAUAGCAGUUCCGUGACCUAAUUUAUGUUGUGUUUUUUGGGAAGGUUACAAUACAAUCUGUUACAUAGGAGUACAGACAUUAAUAUAUCUCAGACUAUACCAAAUGCAUUUUCUUACAUCUAAAUGCGUCAAACGUUACGCAAAGUCUUUUUAAAUAGUCUCCUUUGCUUUUUGGAACGCAGAAAGACGGGACCCCCUAACUGAUAGCUGAUUGGCUAUUACUAAAGAUUUGAAACGCAUAACGUAGGAGUGGGCGUGAUCUUGUUCCAUCACACGUGUUUCCGGGUCAGUAGCAGCAUGGCCCAGCUAAAAAUCAAUCGCAAGUUUGCUGAGCGAUAUGAUCGGUACCGGGAGAAGGAGGAGUUACAGAAAUUGAAGGAUCGCUAUGGAGAUGUUCAAGACGAUGAUGAUGAUGAUGAUGUAUCAAGUUCUGAAUCAGAGGAAGAUGAUGAGUUGGUGGAUGACCCAACAUUGGACAAAGAAUUCUAUUACACCCUCUCUUUGCUAAAGAAGAAGGAUCCUCGGAUAUAUCAAGAAGAAGUCUCCUUUUUUAAAGAUGAAGGUCCAUCAACUGUUGAUGGGAAUAAAUCUUUCUCCAAGGAAAAACCAAUGUACCUCAAAGAUUAUGAGCGUAAAGUUAUUCUUGAAAAAGAGGGAAAAUAUGAGGAUGAAGAAGAUUCAGAUGAUGAGGAUGAUGUUGAAGAGAGAGAAAGAGCUUACUCCCCAACAUACUUAGAAGAACAAAAGCAAAUCAAAGAAAGUUUUCGAAAGUUUGUAGAGGAUAGCGAUGAUGAUGAUGAUGAGGUUAAUGAAGAGACCACAGCAAAUCUGCUUACAAAGAGGAUAAAAACCAAGAAGGAACAGGAUAAAGAAGAAGAAGAAUACAUUGCAUGGCUAAAGGGUCGAAAGGAAGUCAAGGACAAAGAUGAUGUGAAGGAGUUAAACUACCUAAAAGAUUACUGGUCUAAUCCUGCUCUAGAGGAGGGCGAAAAAUUCCUACGGGAUUAUAUACUAAACAAGGAAUAUGUAGAAGAGGAGGAAUCAGAGGAGGAGGAUGACGACGAUGAUGAGAGAACCCCCAUUCUUGAAGAGGCCCCUUGUGUGUCAGAUUCUGAAGAUGAGGGAGAACUUUUUUUGAAAAAACAGGAAGAUUUUGAGAGAAAAUAUAACUUUCGAUUUGAGGAGCCAGACUCUGGUUUGAUUAAAACUUUCCCAAGGACCAUUGCACAGUCUGUGAGAGCAAAAGAUGACCGCAGAAAGGAGAAGCGAGAGGAGAUUAAAGAGAGAAAAAAGAAGGAAAAAGAAAAGAAACAGGAGGAGCUGAAGCAGCUGAAGAAUUUGAAGAGGAAAGAGGUGCUGGAAAGACUGGAGAAGCUAAAGCAGUUGACUGGUGAAAAGGUGCUGGGUGUCAAUGAAGAGGACUUAUUGGAAGAUUUUGACCCUGAAAAGCAUGACCGCAUCAUGGAGAAAUGCUUUGGUGAUGAUUAUUAUGGAAUAACAGAGGACCAGAAACCGCAGUUUGAAGAUGAGGAAGGAUUAGAAGAUGAGUGGAAUUGGGACACGUGGACUGGGGAAGAAGAAGAGAAUAAUGAAAACCUAGAAGAGGGGGAGGAAGGAUACGAGCCCCAUUGUGAUGAUCCCAACUUUGUGAUGGAUGAUGAAUAUGACCCUACUGCUCUUCCAAGACAAUCUCGCAAGGAAAGAAAGAAAAUGCGCAAGGAGGCCGAGCAAAAUGCAAAAAGAAGGAAAAAAUCUAAAUUUGCUGAAGUUGUGAGCAAAGAGAAGCCUGUUUUUAACCCAGCCGAUAAAUCGUUUCAGGAGUAUCUGGAUGAAUAUUACAAGCUGGAUUAUGAGGACAUUGUUGAUGAUCUGCCCUGUCGCUUCAAGUACCGCCAUGUGCCGGCCUGUGACUUUGGGCUCACCACAGAGGAGAUUUUAGCAGCUGAUGAUAAGGAACUGAACAGAUGGUGCUCACUUAGGAAAACCUGUAUGUACAGGUCAGACAAGGAGGAUUACCAUGAUCAGAAUACAUACAGCCAAAAAUCCCAGAAUAUUUGGAAAAAGCAACAGAUCUUAAAGUCUCUGACACAGAGCGAGACACCAGAUUCUGCAAAUCUUUCCAAAGUUAAAAUAGGGAAGAAACGCAGAGAGAAACUGAAAAAUCAGGAAGAGGAGCAUACACUGAUUAAUGAGCAGAGCACAGAUAUUUCAGAACUACCAGAGAGAACUGUAAACCCAGCGGAAAACAAAGAAUCUGCAGAGGAACAAAGAACGGAGAUCAAAUCAAGUGAGAUCAAGUCAAGUAAGAAGCGCAAAUUAGAAGAGAAUGAUAAACAGACAUGCCCUGUGGAUAGUGGACUACAAACAAAUGUGAAGAAGAGGAGAUUAGGAAAGAAGGCUGGACGUACAUUAGGAAGUAAGGUGAAGCUGGGAGGAAGAGAGUUCAGCGGUAACAGGCUGCGGGCGUAUGGCCUGAAUCCUAAGAGACUGAAAUACAGACAGCUUGGCAGAGAAAGACGAAAGCUCAAGGAGAAACAAAAUAAAAAUCUAGGCAAAAAGGAGGACUAGAGAUAAAUUCUUUUAUAACCACCUCAACACAACCACACUAUAUGAACUGGCUUUCAAAAUCAGGAUAAUAGUUUUUCUAUUUCAUGCAGCAUUGUAAAAUGAAACAUAUUUAAAGACCUUUUAUUUCUUCAUUGUAAUGAAACUCACACAAUAAGAUUCUGUUUAAAAAGUUUAUUCCCAUAGAUAAAUAAAAUUUUCAGAAUAUACAGA